GCCUGAGUGGCGCCGAGCUGUGCGUGGGGCAUGUCGUGGCUGGCGGUGCUGCGUGUGUACUGGGCGGGGGCGACCGUGGUGCUGGCGCAGCUGCUGCGGCGUCUCCGCGGGGGCUUCCCUGAGCCAGUGUUUUCCCCUCAACCAGGCCGCGUGGCCAUCGUGACGGGGGGCACAGACGGCAUUGGCUUGGCCACCGCCAAGCGCCUGGCCGGGCUCGGGAUGCACGUGAUCGUGGCGGGAAACAACGCGAGCAGAGCGCAGGCGGCCGUCAGGGAGAUCCGCAAGGAGACCUGCAACGACCAGGUGGAGUUCCUGUACUGCGACCUGGCUUCGCUGCGGUCCGUGCGCGCGUUCGCGGACGCGUUCAAGGCGAAGGGCGUCCCUCUCCACGUGCUCGUCAACAACGCCGGCGUCAUGAUGGUCCCCGAGCGCAGGACCCAAGAUGGCUUCGAGGAGCAUUUCGGCCUCAACUACCUGGCCCACUUCCUGCUCACCAACCUCCUGCUGGACACCCUGACGGCCUCGGCGGCCCCGGGCCGGCGCGCCAGGGUCGUCACCGUGUCCUCCGCCACCCAUUACGUCGGGGAGGUCAACAUGGACGACCUGCAGGGGAGGGCCGGGUACUCCGCGCACGGCGCGUACGCACAGAGCAAGCUGGCGCUGGUGCUGUUCACCUACCACCUGCAGCACCUGCUGGACGCCCGGGGUGGCCGCGUCACCGCCAACGCCGUCGACCCCGGCGUGGUGGACACCGACCUCUACAGACACGUCUUCUGGGGCCGCGGCGUCCUCAAGAGGCUCCUGGCCUGGAUGGCCUUCAAGACGCCCGACGAGGGCGCGUGGACGUCGGUGAUGGCGGCGGUGUCCCCCGCGCUGGAGGGCGUCGGCGGGCGCUACCUGCGCGACGGCGAGGACGCCGCGUCCCUGCGCGUCUCCUACGACCGCGGGCUGCAGGCGCGGCUGUGGGCGCGCAGCUGCCGCUUGGUGGGCGUCCCCGACGUCACCCCCGAGGUCAUGGCUGCGUAGCGACGCACACGUCCUGUGGGACGCCCUCGUUACUUCGCUCUCGCCAUUCAUGACCCUCGGGUCCGUGAUGGCUGCCACAAAUCAAUCACGCACAUGUCUGUCAGUUAUCUGUUCACGUGUCAAACAUCGGUCCACAGACAGGAGGGCACAGGGCUGGGAGGGAGCGAGUGAUGUCGCUGGAGGGCGUAGAGACCCCGCCCUCUCGUGGUCUGCUACUUGGUAAUCAUGAGGGGAGCAGCUCUGCCGCCACUAGGGGUGCAGUGGGCGGGGCCAGGCGGAGAAAGUGACGUCGCUUAAGGACGUGGAGGACCUACCCCUUUCUGUCUCUGCUUCCUGUCAAUCACUGAUGAGGGGAACCACUCUGCCUCCACUAGGGGCUGUCGUGGGCGGGGCCUGGAAGGGGCGUAGCAUUUGAACUCUGUCCUUGUGUGUUUUUAAUGUUUCUUACAUAAUUUGCACAUAUAUACAUAUAAAACUAUAUAUUUUUUAAUUCUCAAAAAUUUAAAACUAGACUAGAAUAUUUACAUGUUUUAUUAAAUCUUUACAAUCAGUAAUUAUAAUCAAAUACACAAUUAUAUACAAGGAUUAUAUACAUUUUGCCCAGACUUUUACAUCACAGUACAUAGUUUCCAUUAGAAAUAUUGUAUACAUUUAUCACCAAACGAUAAAACCCAACAACAGUAGUGUUACAGCACCUGUUAGUACAGACAUCUUUUUCAUAAAUUACAUCAUAAGAAAAUAUACGGCUGUAAAUUGGGCUUUUAAAAAUGUCUUUUAUAAAAUCUUAACAUACAAUGUUUCAUUCACAGAAUGUUUUUUUUCUAUGUUCUGACUGUAGCCUUGUGCAUAAAAUGACCGGUUGGAAUAUUUACUAAAUUCUACCCACCCCCUCUAAAUUAUAAGCACUAUUUGUAUUAUGCUGAGCUUUCUUUCUGAUGAAUUUGGCAUGGGGUUUGGUGAGAGAACAAAUGCUGGCUUUGCUAUAAAAAGGUCAUGUGGUGGUAAUUUAAAUCUAAAAGAAUUCUCUAGAGAAUAAUUGCAUUAAGAAAUGAAAGUCAAAGUCUAUAAUUUUUCAUUUUAAAAGCUAAUAAUGUGAAGAAAAAGGAAAAAUAAAAUGUCAUGAAAUAAUUUGUUCUGAUGCAAUUACACUUUUCAAAAGAAGCUUAUUACAAAUUAAAAAAAAACUACUCAACAAAAUAUCCCACCCAAAAUGUAUGUAGCAAAUUACAAUUCCUUCACACUUAAGCUUUAUGGGUAAGUACUGCAAAGUACAGCGCAUCAGUUCAAUGGACUUUAAUGUGCAAAAAACAGCCUGUAUCUAUUUUUUUAGUAGGUAAACAAGUGAGAAACUUGAAAAUACCUGAAUUAAAUACUUGCUCUAAUAUCUAAUGUCUAAUGUUCAGGUAAAAUCCAUACUUGAUUCCAGGUUUGUAAACAUCAUAUAAAUCCUUCUUAGUCAAACAAUUUUAUGGCUGUGGUGAUCAUUUCAGCUCUAUUUCUAAGCAGUCAACAUUUAACUGAGGUAGACCAGAUGUUUCUAAACUCAGGGUCCAAUAUAAUCCCCUGAAUUUUCAGCAAGUAAAUAUAUCUAUGAAAGUUUUAAGCAAACUUUUUUUUUUAAUCUAUGCUGUUGGAAUUUUUUUAAUGACCUUAAAAACUACUUGGUGGCAGUAUGUCAAGAACAUGAAUGUGGGAUGAACUAUAAUAUUGAUGUUUUGAAGCUAAAAAUGUGUCUUCUUUCUUAACUAGGGGGAAAAAACAAGAAUAAUUCCUUCCAGGUGUUAAGUAUAACUUCUUAAAUAUUUUUUUCUUCCUUUCUCUUCUUAAAGGUUAUUUUUUUUCUAAACAAAUGAGUCACUUCUAAUCUCAGUGAAAGUCAACACCUCCCCCUAGCGGCCAAAGAAUCCAGGGCUUGGGAGAGCAGCAAUAAGCUAGCUUUUCCUAGUGGGUGCCAUUAAGUUCUCCUGGGGGGUGGGGGAAAUAAACUGCUUUGAUAACUUAGUUCAGGGUAAGAUUUAAACAAUGGCUUUGAGCUACAAAUGUAAAAUCAAAUCAACAUAUAUAAGGCUUCUGUAAUCAAAGUCUUAGACGAACAUCUGCUCCUCCUCUCCAAGCCCCAGUCCUAUAAAUCAGGGUAAGUCAAGUAAUUAAGCUUCAGCUAUUUUGGCAGUUUUGCAAUUAACAUGAACAAAGCACUACAUCUAUCCUUCUGCAUACUCUAUGUAUUAUAGUUCUAUCUUCUUGCACCAAAUUUCACAUGCAGAAAGACUAAAAAUACCCAUUUCGGUGGCAGGUUUAAAUAAGAAUCAAUAAAGGUCUUAUGCUACUUUUUCUCCCUACUCCCUCCCUAAGUGAAUUCUCUAAUUUAUUGCUUACUGACCCAAUUAUGUUCAGCUGGAGUUUUUUGAAAGGCAGGUGUUUCUGUCCUUACAAGAGUGUGUUUGCCUGGGAUCUAGGACACUGCAUGAAUAGGCACACCUACAGCUCGUCACUGCUGUCCUCUAGAGCUCCACUACAGUCGAAGCUACCGAGUACCUCAAAGCCAUGUUUCGGGGAAUGGGCACCGUGUAAUAUCAGGGUGAAGAGAAUGUAAUUCAGUCUCUCAAAUAUUCCUUUAGAAUUAAUUGUUUAAAAAUAAAUAAAAUGAAUAAAGCCAUGAUUUCAAUAACAAGCUAUCGAUAAAUUAAAAAAAAAAAUGUGGUCAGCACCAGACUGCCACAAACAAACAAACAAACAAAAAGAGGAAAACCUUUUGUCUUUAAGCUAUAUAUAUAGUUGAAACUGUGUAACUAUUUUUACACAGGUCACCAUAAACUAAUUUUCAAGUCCAUAUCAGAAGGAGUAUUUGUUAAAACAAAACCAACAUAAAAUUCAUGAUUCAACAGAAAAUGUGACAGACUCCUUAGAUUUAACAUUAGAGAUCAGUUUCAAAGGAGAAAAACAGUAGUUACUCCACGAAAUUUAGAUCACCUCCACAGUUUUAUCAUGGCUCUGUAAGAUGAGGUGGAACAGCUGUUGGCAAUGUGGGCCUUUUGGCUCAAAUGGCAUACUAAACAUGGGAUGGAGUAAGGCUGACGGCUCCCGGAACCACCUUUGAGAAAAAUAAACUGGAAAAGAAUUAUAAUCUACCACAAGGAUAGUAUGCUAAAUUCCACUUUAAGGUAUUCAUAACUACCCCCAUAGAAGGCCUACGGGUAGCAUAUUGGAACAUUCAAGUUUCUCCUUUGCUCUAUUUACCCCAUGUAUUAAAUCAUCACUUUCACAUUCUAAAUGACCUUUUUCCUGUAUAAAACUCACUGGCUUCACCUUUAAGUGAAAAGGACAUUGCUAUAGGAGGGGAAAAAAAUCAAGUUAUCCUCAUCAUUUGUCACUGAACAAAGCAAGUGACAGUGAUGAGUGACAAGCAGAAACUGAGUGUAUUUGCUUUCUGACCACUUAGGUGACUUAGAGUGUCCUGGUGAAGGCAGCAAAGCCAAAAUGUCACAAGAUUCAUUUGAGUCUUCCUAAAAAGGCCCCGGGCCCCAAGUCCAAGGCCAUGGAGCUUCCUUCAGUUAGUUGUACAAACGCCUGUUGCUCAUUCCAUAUUAGCUUGGUUUGUUUCAUGUUUCUGGUCUCUCCAGAAAGUGGAAAUAUAGUUCCCAGGAAUGCCCAGUAAUCUUUCCCUGGCCUGAUAUGCUGCAGGGUGUGUGCAAUGCUCUCAUGUGAGGGGGAAUUGUGAGUUUCCACUUUUGGUAGAACGGUUUAAAUACGGUCAAUUCUAACACAGCAUGCUCCAGGUUCCUAUGAUAACUACGAUCCCAGUCAGAACGUGUUGCGGAUCACCAUGCUCAGAGCCUCCCACUGGAGAGCCUGCUGGGUAUUAGGUUAUCUAUAACCACAGUUUACCUUUUCUUUUAAAAUACCUACCACCAGAUUCUUUAUAGAGUCAUAGUUCAUCCUUCUCCAUCAUUUCAAAUGCUUCUAUAUCUUCAUUCCAGUCUGCUAAUAUGGAGUCUAUAGGUUGGACCUUUUUACCCCAGCUAACAUUAGGACUGGAAUCUUCCUCAGUUUCUGACUGUUCUUCAAGUUGGUUAUCUAUAUCUGUACAUUCACCAUCAAGACUUGUGGUCUCAUGGCUUUCUGUAGGGUUAGAGGUCUCUCCAGAAGGGGAAAUGCUUGUGGCAUCAGGGGUCUCUGCUGGAGAGGUUGGCUCUAAGUGAGAGUGUACAGAACUUUCAUCAGGAGACUCUUGAUCAACCAAAUCAAAUGUCUGAGAAAGUGAUAUAACCUGUUCUGCACUUUGAUUCUGAGAGUCAUUUUCAGAAGAUGUCUGUUCUUCACUUUCCAUUUCAGCAUCUGUGUAAGAAACAAGCGAACUUCAUGUUACUUUUCCUCCCAAAACAUGUAGUAUUACACUUACAGUAGCUUCUGCAGUAAAAUUAAGAAAUAUAGAACCACA